UACAUUACGGCUCCUCUGUACCCUUGUUGGCUUUCACGUUCACGCGCUUCAAUGUCCAGCAUGAUUGACGAUGAUGACCACCGCCUGGAGGCACUUGGGUACAAGCCUUCCUUCCGGCGUGAGUUCUCGAAUCUCGCCACCAUUAGCUUUGCAUUCAGCAUCAUGGGAUUGUGCUCCAGUAUCGCGACGACUCUCAACACUCCACUGUUACUUGGAGGUCCCGCUUCCGUUACUUGGUGCUGGUUAAUCGGAUCAUGUAUGUGCUUCACGCUUGGAUCCAGCAUCGCGGAGAUAGUCUCUGCAUUUCCUACAUGUGGUGGGCUGUAUACGGCGUCAGCUCGACUCUGUCCAAAGUCGAAUCGUGCAGUCGUAGGUUGGAUCGUUGGCUGGUUAAACAUCCUCGGUCAGGUCGCGGGGCUAUCAUCGACGGAGUUUGGACUCGCGAACAUGAUUUGGGCUGCAGUGUCAAUAUCUAAUCCGACCUUUGUACUGACACAAGGAAAGACGGUUGGAUUAUUCGCCGGACUUCUCAUUGUCCAUGGACUCUUGAAUUCGGUGGCGACACGGUACCUGGCCUUUGCUACGAGAGGUUUUGUAUUCGUGAAUCUCGGUGCAACUGUCGUUAUCAUCAUUGUUUUGCUAGCGACAACACCUCGUUCAGAGAUGCAUGCAGCGAACUACGUGUUUGGAAGUCAAGGAAUUGUGAAUCAAACAGGGGGUUGGAAUAAUGGGAUCGCUUUUUUGCUGGGGUUGUUGAGUGUCCAAUGGACGAUGACGGAUUACGAUGCGACGGCUCACAUUUCCGAAGAAGUUCGUCGUGCUGCGUACGCAGCGCCCGCUGCGAUAUUUAUUGCUGUCAUCGGGACCGGGAUAUUGGGGUGGCUAUUGAAUAUCGUCCUCAUGCUGUGUUCGGGACCAAUAGAAAAUCUCCCAGGAAUAUCUGGAUCCGCGUUCUUGCAGAUUAUGGUUAUGCGUAUGGGCACACCGGCAGCGCUCUUCCUUUGGAGCUUUGUUUGCCUUACAGCUUUUUUUGUUUCCCAAACGGCGCUACAAGCAUGCUCUCGUACAGUCUACGCCUUCAGCCGUGAUCAUGGUCUUCCCGAUAACGGAUACUUUGGUCAUAUUGCGGGUUCCACGAGAACUCCACUGCGUGCUAUCUGGUUUACUACUAUCCUGUCCAUUCUUCCAGGUUUACUCGAUCUAGCCUCCCCGAUUGCCGCGAAUGCAAUAUUUGCGCUGACCGCCAUUGCACUCGAUCUGAGUUACAUUAUUCCAAUAUUCUUGCGUCGCCUCUACGCAAAUCACCCGGAAGUAGAUUUCCGCCCAGGACCGUUUUACAUGGGACCAGGGCUCCUAGGUUGGGCAGCAAAUAUUGCUUGCAUAAGCUGGACUCUCUUUGUCUGCAUCAUUUUCUCGCUGCCCACCGUGUUCCCCGUUACAAAGGAUAAUAUGAAUUAUGCAGCCGUGAUUGCCAUCGGUGUUGUUGUUCUUAGUGGGAUUUGGUACAUCAUCAGCGCGCAUCGACAUUAUCACGGACCUACGUCCAACCUUGAUGCCGAAGCAAAAGCUCGGCUCGGUUUGGUGAACGAGGUUCGGCCCGACGCGCCGUCCAUCAGUGAAAAGGAGAAAGAUCCAGUGCGCAUAUCUUUGGACUCUGCGUAGUUUUUUUCCCUCUUUCUAUUCCAUUGGGCGGAAGAGUACUCAAAGUUUGGAUACUUAUGCGCACCUUCAUCGCCGCAGCCGUUAGUCGUGGUAUUAUACCGCAGCGCGUCUGAUACGUGCUUGCAUUUGAAUAUGUUACAUACUUUCCCACUCCGAAACUACAUCCGAAUAACGUUGCAGAAAUUUGAAUGUGGUAGCGGCAUGCAUUGCCACGCAGGUGCAAUGCAGGUCAGUUUUCACUUCAC